AUGUCCUCUUCAGAUGGAGAAAGCGUGUUUUUAACACAAAACAAGUUUAGAGAAGUUGAUGAACAAGAAAACAACACGGAUGGCAUUCUCAGUGAUAUUUUGGAUUUGGAAAGAGAACAUCCAAAAAAACAACCGAAUUUUGACCUCAAAGUAGAUAUUUUUUCGGAUAUUUCUGACGAGGAACUUGUUAAGGCCACCCAAGACAUAGAAGGAAAAGAAAAUAUUGAAAGGUUUGCACGGCUCAAUCAAGAAGAUUUGGAUAAUUUGGUUAAGAAAGGUUUAUCGAAGAAAACAGAGCAAAAGUCAAAGUGGGCAAUGACUCUAUUUCCGAACUGGCAAAAUGAACGAAAGCGUAUGUUACCAAACCAUGAUACAUUUAUGUACCAGGAUAUUAUGAUAAUGAGUGAUGAGGAAAUCAACAAAACAAUGAGUUUCUUAUUAGCUGAAGUGAGGAAUAAAUCUGGAGAGGAUUACAGACCCAAUAGCUUGUAUGAAAUUGUGUGUGCAAUUCAACACAAAUUACGACAUGAAGGUAGAUUCAUAAACUUUUUGGAUGAUGAUAAAUUUCACGAUAUGCGCAGUAUUCUUGAUUCAAAGAUGAAAGAACUCUCUGGGCGAGGCAUGGGGAUAGAGCGGAAACGGGCAGAGAUCAUAACUGAGGCUCAAGAAGAUGAAAUGUGGUCCAAGGGAGUUUUAGGAAGAGAUACACCUCAAAAACUCCUCGAUACUCUACUGUUUCAACAAGGAAUACAUUUUGCACUACGAGCAGGACAAGAACACAGAAACUUGAGGGUUGGGACAAACAGUCAGAUUUCUCUUUCCAUGGAUGCAUCUGGACUGCGAUAUCUCGAAUAUAGAGAGGAUGUCUCCAAAACAAAUCGCGGUGGGCUCCAGCACAAAAAUCUGCAACCUAAAGUUACCAGAGCAUACUAG